AAGAAGGAGAAUUUCUACAAACAUUAAUUUUGCGCGGAACACAUACAGUCCAGAUGGAGAUGGUGUUUAGUCUGGCAGCUGUUUCUUUUGCUGUUGUGUUCUUGGUGUGCCUGUGGAGAGUGCUGAACUGGGCAUGGUUUAGGCCAAGAAAGUUGCAGAAGUGCCUGAGAAAACAGGGCCUUAAGGGGAACGAAUAUAAGUUCAUCUUUGGGGACCUCAAACAGCUAACCAAGACCACCAAAGAAGCCAAGUCCAAGCCAAUGAAUCUCUCACAUGACAUAUCCCCAAGACUCCUUCCUUUCUUCAUUGAUGCCAUCCAAAGAAAUGGUGAGAAUUCGUUUGUAUGGCUUGGGCCAAACCCAAUGGUACUCAUCAAGGAACCUGGACUCAUAAGGGAUAUCUUAACUAAGAACACUAUCUAUCAUAAACCUUUUACCAAUCCACUGAUCAAACUGCUAGCCGAAGGAAUUGCAACUUACGAAGAAGAUAAAUGGUCCAAACAUAGAAGAAUCAUCAAUCCUGCUUUUCAUAUGGAGAAGUUAAAGCAUAUGGUACCAGCUUUCUACAUGAGCUGUGUUGAAAUGUUGGGCAAUUUGGAGAAGAAGAUGGGUGACCAAGGUUUAGCCGAGGUGGAUGUGUGGCCUCACCUUCAACAGAUAGGCGGUGAUGCAAUUUCCAGAACUGCAUUUGGAAGCAACUAUGAAGAAGGAAGAAAGAUAUUUGAACUCCAAAAGGAACAAGCCCAGCAUAAGACAGAACUUAUGCGUUCUAUAUAUAUACCAGGAUGGAGGUUCUUACCAACUUGGAGGAACAGAAGAAUGAAAAAAAUUGAGAAGCAAGUUCAAGCAUUAAUUAGGUGUAUAAUUGACAAGAGAGUGAAGGCAAUGGAAGCAGGGGAAGGUAGUAAGGACGAUCUAUUGGGCAUACUAUUGGAAUCAAAUUUUAAUGAAAUUGAAAAACAUGGAAACAAAGACUUUGGAAUUACUACCAGAGAGGUGAUUGAAGAAUGCAAGUUGUUCUAUUUUGUUGGUCAGGAGACCACCUCUGUAUUGCUUGUUUGGACUAUGGUUUUGUUGGGUAGGCAUCAAGAAUGGCAAACAAGAGCUAGGGAAGAGGUUUUUCGACUAUUCGGUAAAGAUAAACCAGACAUCGAUGGAUUGAAUCAUAUGAAAAUUGUGACAAUGAUUCUAAAUGAAUCCCUGAGACUAUACACACCGGUGAUAUCACUUACUCGAAAGAAUAAAGAAGAAACUAGGCUAGGAGACCUAAUGCUUCCCCCAGGGGUUCUAAUAUCAAUCCCAGUGAUCUUAAAUCAUCACGACGAAAAGAUAUGGGGCGACGAUGCAAAAGAGUUCAACCCCGAGAGAUUCAGUGAAGGAGUGUCAAAGGCAACUAAAGGACAGCUAACUUUCCUCCCUUUUGGUGGAGGACCUCGAAUAUGUCUUGGGCUAAACUUCGCAAUGCUCGAAGCAAAACUGGUAAUUGCCAUGAUUUUACAGCGUUACUCUUUUGAGCUCUCCCCUUCGUACGCACAUGCCCCCACCUCCACUGUAAGUCUGCAACCCCAGUAUGGAGCUCCACUUCUGUUCCGCAAACUGUAAUCAAGAAUAUCACAUAUAUUCAGGCAUCUACUGCAUGCUUUUCAAUAUCAUUCUGAUUUGAAGUUGAUUUUGUCUUACAGACCAAAGACGAUGUCUAGUAUCUAUUGUUGUUGUUUUAAACAAUUGUUGAACUAUUAUAAAUCUCCUCUCUUAUGCUUGUGUGUGCA